AUGUAUCCACUUGAUAACCUCAACAUGAGUAUUGAUCGAGUUUACCAACGAAUUUUAGAGGAACUAAGAGCAGACAGAAGAAUAAAUGAUAUUUCCAGUGAUCUGCUAACUCUCACAGACAAUGUCCAACGAGUAUUCUAUGUGUAUGAUAUCUUAACAAAAUACAAGGUCAUUCCACUUAUACUCAAAGAAGACAAAUGUGAAUUUUCGUCUGGCUAUUACCGUAACCUUGGCAACGGUAUGUAUCAACGAGCCGACCUAUUCUCAGCAUGGCAAUACUAUAACUUGGCAUUAAUGUAUGCACCUCUAACAUCUACAACUUACAGUUUAGCCAUAGCUAACCGAUCAGCAGUACUUGCUGCUAUGAAGGAAUAUGAGGCUUGCAUAGAAGAUAUUAACAUGGUCUUCACUCUCAGAUACCCUCCUACAAUUAGGGAUAAACUAUUGAAAAGAAUGAAACAGUGCGAAGAAGGUAUAAAAGAAAGGGAAUCACCAGAAGUAUGUGAGGAGGACGAAGCUCUUGCAGAAGAGGUAUUGACAUUGAAAGCUCAGGAUAAGCAUGAGAAAUAUUUAGAUGCUAGUAAGAAACUAAAAGUGGUGUAUACUUCAGACAUGGGUAGACAUGUAGUUGCAGCGGAGGAUAUAGAUGUUGGUGAAGUAAUUGUUCAAGAGGAUCCAUAUGUGAGGGUGUUGUUGAAGUCACAGUGUACUAUCUGCUGCGCUCAUUGUUUCUCCAGGAAAUUUAAUCUAUACCCGUGUCCAUAUUGCUGUGUGACCCUAUACUGCAGCAGAGCAUGUGUGACCGAGGCCUGGGACCAGUAUCAUUCCUAUGAAUGUGCAUUAAUUGCAAGCUUGCUCAAGGGAAAAUUCACUAAAUUAGAAUUGCUUGCUUUGAGGAUCACUAUUAGAGCUAGAACUGAACAUGAGACCUGGAAUCAAGUGUUCACUUCCAUUGCAGCUGCAAGUGCAAAAACUAAACGUGAAAAUAAGGGAUGUAAGCGUGUAGGAGACAAAUGGGUAUACUCUUCAAAAUAUUAUUCAGCAAUUCAUACACUUUCUACAAAUAUUGAGAAAAGAGAUGUAUCUGAUAUUUUCCAAAAGGCUGUCAGUGCUGCAAUACUUAUGCACUAUUUAGCUGUGGCUAAUUUUGUGAAAACUGAUGAUCUAGUUUUAAGAGAAAGAAUUAAGUGCUUCACUGCUGAUUCUUUGAUGCGGCACCUCAUGACUGCUCCAACAAACAUGCAUGGCAUCACUACUAAUGUUGAAAAUGAAGACGGCAACUAUGUAGAUGAAUAUAACAUAGGAUGUGGAGCAUAUGCAUUCCUGAGUCUGCUGAAUCAUUCAUGUGCACCAAAUGUGGUGAGGUACACUAAACUGGGGACGGCACAAACAAGUUUGAUUGCAAUUCGUCCUAUUUUGAAAGGAAUGCAAGUUUUCGAUAAUUACGGGUACUUCGAGGUGGUGCGCGAUAAGGCGAAGGUGGCGUCCAAGCUGAUCAGCAAGUGCGAGGCGAGCGAAGGGGGCGUCAGCGCCGCGCUGGCGGCUUGCGGACGCUCCAAUAUAAAAGCGCAUCAUGCAGUGCAUACCAAGGAGGAAAGGCAAGCCAUUCUCAAAUCUCAGUACAAGUUCACCUGCAUCUGCGAGGCUUGCACCGAAGACUGGCCUCUGUACCAGGGCUUGGAUGUCCUCAAAGAUCUACCCGAUGGCAUCAUAAGUAAGAGAGAUGAGUUUUUAAAUGGUAAUGUGAUCGAGGCUCUGCAGAAAGCUGAGAAGGAUCGAGCGCUGAAAUUGUAUCAGCCACUAUGUGAGUUAGCUACGGCUUUAGAGCCUUAUAUGCCGUGCAAGGAGGCGGCUGAAUGUCAGGAGGCCCUCAAGCAAUGUCUGGCUAUCUUGACAGGAGUUGUUCAUCAUGGGUUAAGCAACUUCAUUCAGUGGGAAUUGCCCUGCCCCAGAACUUCUCCAUCGGCUACCUCUCGCUUCUACACUGGCCAAGGUGCCCAAUACCUGGCCUAAUUUUUUUUGUUUAACUCGUUAUAAUUUUGAUAAAAUGUUAUGGCUUAGCGUUAGUUGGUUUCUAAGCUAUGCGAUUUGAGUAUUUCUUUAGGGUUUUUGAAGUUUUAUUUACUGUUUCGGUGUGAUUUGUAUUUGAUACUACAUUUUUGUGGCUGCUUUUGCUUCUUGUUUUUUUUCAAUUUGCACAAAAAAGUAUUAGAAAAAAAUACUUUAUGUACCUAUUUUCGUAUUUUUGCUAGAGAUACCUACAUAGUAGUUACCUGCUAUACCUAACUAUAUUCAACUAUUACUAUUAGUAGGUAAACCUAUAUUUGACUUAGACACAUGUUUCUAGUCCAUAUUAGUAUUUUAGAAUAAGUUUAAAAUGUCGAAGUUUUGAGUAUAUUUAUUUGAACCAUGAAAGAAAUUUAUGAGACUAUUUAACAAGGUUCUUGAUUGGUAAAAAAUAUGUCUAUAGCAAGAAUUACAUCUGGAUAAAAAUUAUUUAGAAAUCUCCAGUUAAAAGUUAUGUAGCAUUAUUUACAUUAAUUUAAAUUUAUAUAAUGUUAACUAUUGUUAUGUGCUGACUGCAUUCGCGAUCUCAACUGCCAAAGCUGCUGCAAAUGUUAAAUUAACUUAAAAAAAACAUAGUAACAUUUUGAAUUCAGUAAUUACUCUACUAUUUUUUUUAAUAUAAUUUGUCGUUAUUCAAAACUGACAGAUGGGAAUGAAUUUAAAUUUCAUUGAGAAUAGAGUACAAUGAAGACCUAUCAUAAAGUUGGUAGUUCCAAAACUACAAAGAAUUUUUUUUAUGUAAUAAUGUGCAAGAAUUUGCAACAUUAAAUUAGAAAAAUAAAUCACAUAGACCAUCCUACUCGGCGGCCAUUUUGGAAAACAGAUUGCAACGCCAUCUGCUGUCAGUUGAGUUCACGAAUGAGAUCGGAUCUUAUAAAGAUGAAGUACAGUCCACCAAUUUAGUUAGAAAUUAUAUUCGUUUAUGUUUUCAAUUAGAUUUUAUGCAAAUUAUAAUUAUUUUUAAGUAGAGUACCUAUUUUGAGCUAAGUUUAUCGACAUGAGUAUCUUUUUAAUUAAAAAAUAAAUCAUUAUUGUAACUGUAACAGUGGUAGUUAGUAGUGUCUUAGAUUAAGAUAAGUAGCUGUUCGAUUUUUUGACAUUACUUACCGUAGAUAACCUUCUCGAAGAAUAAUCAUAUGUAGUAUUUGAAUCUGUUCGAUAAAAAGUAAUAGUCUGAGUAGGUACAUAUCUGAUCAAUAUCAACUUUUUCGUACAUACUCUUUCGUAUGAAAUAAUCAGAAAUGUCAUUUGAAUUUCGUAUCAGAUAUAAAAUACUUUAUUCUACUUACCACAACGAUGUAAAAAUAGUUUGUGAAUGAUUAUUGUCAUUUCAUUAUCUCUAGUAGUAUAGCAUUUUCUAAGAUUAUACUAACGUUUGGAUGUCUUAUCAUUGGCAUCUGAAAAAUCGUCUUUAAGCUGUUGGCACUAAAGUCUCUUUUAAAGUGCCACAUAAAAUUAAUGGUAUUAUGUAUUCAGUUGUAAGAACUUUUUUAGAUGUUUUCUCACUAAAGCGGGUGAGCAUUACCUGUGUGUGUAAAUGUACAUGCACAUUGUCUUUGUAUGCGUAAGCUUGGGAGCGCUCAGGGGCCCGAUUCUCCUAAGUUAAUAAUGUCAAAAUUGAAUAGAAAUCAAAUCGCAAUAUAAUCGCAAUAGCAGUUUUAACCAUA